UCUCGAACUCGUGUUGUGAUGGCGGCGGACGGGCGAGCUGUGAGGGGCUCUCCGGGCCGGGCCCGGCCGCUGCUGCUGUUGCUGAUAUGUGCCGCCGUGGCGCCCGUGUCCAAAACUGCCGAGACCAGUUUCGUGAUGCGCCAGGUGGACCGUCUGCCGGGGCCGGCGGGAUUCACCGAGACGCUGGAGGAGCAGCCACUCUGGUUCCGCGAGGCGUUCUACCGGCUGCCGGAGGAACUGCAGCUGACGCUGCGGCUCUGCAGCACCCAGAGUCUGGAGCGCAUGGUGGAGGCGCUCGGCAGCAUGCCCGGCAUGAAGCGCUACGACCAGCUGGCCAGCUACCUGACCGGCAUCGCCGACGGCUGGCGGGACGCGGACGGCUUCGACGUGCACCGCGAGGCGGACGAGAUCGCCUCGCGGGAGGCGAUGCUGCGCGGCCGCGGCGGCGGCGGCGUCCAGGGCCGGAGGUCCGAGGCGCUGGUGGAGGCGGGCGGUUCUGAGGAGGGAGAGGGGGAGCCGCAGUCGCCGCCUCCGCCGGUGGUGGUCGGCCCGCUGCACCAGUUCGCCCUGCCCUCGCUCUGGGAGCUGAUCGAGGAGGCGCGCAAGGCCGGCAACGACACCGGCCUGUGGCGGCUCUCGCUGUCUGGCGGCGACGAGCUGGCGGUGGCGCCGGUCAGCCGGCUGGACCCGGCCGAGACGGUCUCCCUGCUGCCGGUGUACGGCCCCCGGCCGGACGCUCCGCCCGACCUGGUGCAGGUGACGUUCCCCGUGGCCGAGGCCAGCCUGCGGCAGCUGCUGCGCACACCCGACGAGCUGCUGCGCACGCUGCCGGCGCCGGCGGCCGCGCAGCUGCCGGCGCGCACGGUGACGGCCGUCACGGUGGAGCACGCUGGCGACGUGACUGUGACGGGCGCGCUGGCGGCCGCCUGCGCCGACAACAUGACGGACGCCGAGCUGGAGACGCUGGUGCACAGCCUGCUGCAGCGGCCGCUGGCGCCGGCCGAGCUGGCCGCCCUGGCGCACGCCGUCGGACGCCACUGGCCGGCCGAGCGGGCCGCCUGGUCUGCCACCCACAUCAGCGUGCUGACGGCGCACCGGUGCGAGCUGCUGGCGCACGUGGCGCUGCCGGCGCUGCUGGCUCUCCACUCGGACACUGUGGCCGAUCUGGUACAGAGCUGCCAGGGCCUGUGGCGGCCGGCGGCCGGCGGCGGUCCGCCGCUGGGACCCUACGUGCGCCGCUGGCUGCAGAAGGCGCUGGAGCGGCGCGGCCCGCUGGCCGGCUGGUCUGCCGAGGCGCUGUCGGAGCUGUCGCCGCUGCUGGCCGGCGCGCUGCCCGAGGAGCUGCGACAGCUGGGCGAGCGGCGCCAGCUGGCCGCCGGCGCCGAGCUGUCGUUCGCCAGCCUGGACCGGGCGCAGGCGCAGCCGGUGAUCGCCGGCCAGCUGGAGGCCGCCGAGAACCUGACGGCGGCGGGGACGCUGUACGAGCUGCUGCGCCACCUGCAGCCGCAGCACGUGCGCCAGCUGGGCCGGCUGCGCCACCAGCUGCUGGCGCUGGCGCCGUGGCUGGUGGACGACCGGGAGCAGAGCGGCCAGUACGCCACACACCUGCAGUUCCGUCUGAUGCUAGACUCUGAGCUGAGCAGCGGUAACUUCUCGGCCGAGCAGCUGGCCCGGCUGGGGCCGUUCUUCUACACGCUGCCGCUGUCCGACGUGUACAACCGGCUGGUGGAGCGGCGACUGCGGCUGACGGCCGCCCAGCUGGCCGCCAUCUCGUCGCCGCGCCUGGAGCCCAUGACGCGCCGCGUGCUCAUGUCGACGUUCAUGCUGAGCGAGGACCGGCUGUGCCCGGGCUGCCUGCGCGGCGUGCCGGCCGAGCUGCUGGGCAGUCUGACGGACGGCACGCUGACCUACCUGCGGCUGCGCGGCCUGCUGGACGCCGCCGCGCUGGCGCAGCUGGUGCCCGCCGCCGACCACAUGCUGCCCGGCAAGCAGGCCGAGCUGCUGGAGGCGGUGCGGCAGCUGCUGCGCCGCGGCCGCGGCGUGGCGGCGCCCCUGGUGGCCGGCAGCUCACAGCUGUGGGCGCUGGCCGGACCGGAGGACACGGCGCUCCUGGUGCCCGCCGUCAUCUCGCGGAUGGAGGAGCUGGCGCUGCGCCUGGAAGGCCCCGAGCUGCUGCGGCGGGCCGCCGAGUACCCGCGCCCGCUGCUGGCGCAGGUGCUGGCCCACUACCGGGCGGCCGCCGGCGGCCUCUGGAGCACGGAGAGCCUGCUGGGCCGCCGGCCGGGCCGGCGCCGGCCACCGCACGGACCCUGGGUCUACCUGAGCGGCCUGAGCUGCACAGACGUGGCCGCCGUGACGCCACUGGACCUGCCGCCGGUCGCCGAGGCGUACGAGCGCCAUCUGCGGGCCACCGGCCGGCCGCACCUGCCACUGCCGCUCUGUGUGUGCCUGCAGCAGCGGCUGGUGCAGUACCUGCAGGUCCGUCACGCCAUCGAGCGCAGCGCCAACGAGAUCGACGCCGGCCGGCUGGCACUGCCGGCCCUGGAGGACGCGCCGCUGUACCGGAUGUCUGCUCUGGAGGUGCGCGCGCUGCCGGCCUGCGUGCUGCUGCUGCUGCCGCGCCACUACCUGCUGGCGCUCUCGCCGGAGGCGCGGCUGGCCGCCUGGCUGAAGAUCGGCCGGCUGACCUGGCCCGACAUCGCCACCCACCUGUCUGUGCAGCGCAACGAGGACCAGUUCCGCUGGGUGGCCCGCCAGAUGCUGCACGACCUCAACGUCACCAACGCCACCACGCUGACGUUCGAGCACGUGGCGCAGCUGAACCAGCUGCUGCACUUCCUCGACGCCGACACGAUCCCGCAGAUCGCGCCCGAGGCCUUCAGGGAGUGGAUCUACACGCUGCGCUCAGGCUCUGAGCGGCUGGUGUGCCGGCCGCACCGCGCCUGGGCCGCCCUGGUGGGGCGCGCCUUCGGACCGGCCGCCGCCUGGAACAUGUCCACUCCCUACUACCUGGGCGGCUGGAUCUUCGCGCUGAACGCUACCGAGCGCGGCCGGGUGCGCCGCGAGGACCUCCGACUGGCCGUGGACGACCACAACGCGGCGCUGUUUCAGCCACUGCCGGACGUGAUGGGGCGCCGCGCCGGCCGGCCGCUCACCUUCCUGGAGGCGUGCCGCGAGCUCAACGACACGGCGCUCGACCUGCGGCUGCUGUUCGAGGUGGCCCGGCUGGCCGGCGUGGUCGGCUACCCGCAGCCGCGCGCGCGCCGCAGCGUGCCGCCGCCGGUGUCGGCGCGCGACCUGCGGCAGCUCGGCCAGGACCUGAUGACGGCGGUGCGCAGCAGCAGCGUGCCGGACCAGGUGCGCGGCCGCGCCGAGGUGCUGGUCGAGGAGCUGGUCGCCGCGCUGGGCGACGGCUCGGCGCCCGAGCAGCCGGACGCGCUGCCGUUCGACUUUGUCCCCUCGGCCGGCGACCGGCUGAGCUGUGACGACCUGCGCGCGGCGGGCCCGGCGGCGGCGGCCGUGCUGCCGCACGAGCUGCAGCGCAUGGCCGACGCCGACCGUGUGGACCUCUGGAGCUGUCUGAACGCGCUGGGCCGGCUGCACUGGCAGCUGGGCGGCCGCUCCGUCUCCGAGGUGUGGAACGUGGCCCGCGAGGCCAACGGCGACUUCAUCCUGCCCGACAACCUGGUGCACCUGGGCGGCCUGGUGGCGGCGCUGUCCGCCGACGAGCUGCGCCAGGUGCUGGUGGCCGCGCCCGGCCAGCCGCUCUCCACGGACGCGCUGUCGGUGCUGGGCGCCGUGGACUGGCGGCCCGACCAGCUGGCCGUGCUGGUCAACACCACGCUGGGUGUCACCGAGGACCCGCGCACCAGCCGGCUGCGCCUGUACGCCGAGCCGCAGGCGGUCACCGCGCUGGGCAGCCUGCUGUGCGGCUUCAGCCCCGGCCAGCUGCGGCAGCUGUUCAACGACUCUCGGCCGCACCUGUACCGAGACACGGCGGCCGCCGUCGGACGGCUGGCCGGCUGCCCGCACGACAGCGUGCUCGAGACGCUGGCGCAGCUGGCCGUGGACACGUUCGGCCCGACGGCCGGCUGGAGCGAGCAGACGGUGGCCGCCGUGGGCGCGGCCGUGGCCGGCCUGCGCCGCUGGCAGUUCAAGGCGCUGACGGCUGAGGCGCUGCGCGGCCUGACGCCGGUGGCGGCGCGCCGCGCGGCCGCCAGCAUGCUGGCCACGGAGCUGUCUGCCGACCAGCUGCGCCAGCUGAUGCCGCAGUCGGCCCGCGAGCUGCUGGCCCAGCCCGGUCUGAAGACCCCUCAGCGGGACGCCCUGGAGCGGGCGCUGCACGGCCGGCGCUCGGCGCGCGCGGCCGCCGACCCGCCGCCGCCGCCGCCGGCUCCCGUCGCCGAAGACGAGACGGCCGCCACCGACGGACCGCACGCCGAGCCCGAGCCGCACUCAGACUCCGACUCGGACUCUGAACACGACCACGAUCACGACCACGAGCUGGAGGCCGUGCCGGAGCCGAGCGCCGAGCCGCGGGCCGACGACUCCGACUCUGACUCUGACUCAGACUCUGACUCCGAGUCUCCCGUGGAGGAGCCCAGCAGUCAGGAGAGCACCCAGGAGCAGGCCAACAGCACGGCGCCGGCGCGGCUGCCGGCCCGCUCUGCGCUCUGGCUGACGGCGCUGGUGCUGGCGGCGCCGGCGGCGUAGCGGGGCCGCCGCCAGCGCGCGCCCGUCCCGACACCGGGCCGACGGGGAGGGAACGGGGACACAGGGGGCAGAUUGGCGCGGCGGCGUUGUUAUGGAGAGUCGUUUAUGAGAUGUUAUAUUUGUAUUACGUGGAAUGUCUAAGCCGUAUCAAGCGGAUGAUUGUUUUCACUAUAAGGUUGUAUUUUACGAUCGCCGAUUUUGGCGUCACCUAUGCCGUGCCAUGCAGUUAUCGAUGCCUCCAAUAAAUGAAGUACGGCCCAAA